AUGAGGACUGCUGUGUGGCCUCUGUACGCUGUUUACAUGUCCACUAUUACUGUCGAUGUUACUUUGGCUGUUGACGAGACCUUCCGCCUCGAGGUAGCAAGUCUAGCAACUGUGGUAAGCCGCAUCACUGUAUGUGGACAACCUGACGCACUUGGCAGCCGCGUCCUACCCGGCCCACAGCGCAGCAUCACCUGCCAGCCAUUACCUGCCAAGUCACAAAAGCAACCUCUGAUGACUCCUUACAUUAGGCGCAUAUUAACAAAGCAGAAAAAGAAGUUUGAGGUGAGAGCGUUGAGUUACCCAGGGAAGUUGACGUUUUACACCACGAGCGAUGAGAAGAGUAAACAUUUGUUGUAUCUGUGCCGCCUCACCCACCAGUUCAAGCUGGCACUCCAGCCCCGCCUCGCCGAGGUCCGUCGCCUUCAAGAGGAAGACCGCAGGCGGUACCGUGAGAGCUACAUCUACAGUGACCGAUAUGCAGAGAUGGAAGGUCUUGCCGACACUUUAGGAGGACUCCGAGGAUAUUUAGCCAAAACCUCUGCAGAUCAGCGAGUGUCGGUCAUCUCCAACACGUCAUCCAACACUACUUCUGGCAUUGUUUCUGAUCGUGUCUUAUCACUUGAUGGAAGUGAGGAUGAUCUCGACUCUGAGAUUAUGAUCAACACACCACCUGCUGCGAGUAUUGAGAGUGGAGUCGAGUCCCUCACCAGGUCCCUCUCUCGACUAGACUCUUCUUCAAGCAGUACCCAUGCUCAUACUCCAGACUUUGAUGAAGGGAGCCUAAAUCAUCCCUCCUUCACACCACCAGCUUCAACUCCCCCGACCGGUGGACGAUUAACAGGAUCAACAGGGAUAUGUGGAAGUGAGGCAGGUGGAGUGUCUUUAGGGCGAGCAGGUAGUGUCCAUUCCUCCUCCUCCCAGCACUCUGCUUCCACUGUUCGUUCCAGAUAUUCUCUGGUCCCACAUAGGCUUCCUCCAGAACUGACUUUAGGUGCAGAGCUUGCGGACAUUUCCUUAGCCCCUGAUCUUCCCCAUCUUGCUGACUUGCCAGGUAUGGCUGCAGAUAGAUCAGGACGGAAUGGAGAUGAAGAGAGUGAUUUGUGUACAGGCUUGUCUCACACACAGCAUAAUUGCUGUUCUACUUGCUGUGAUGAAGAUAAUGCAUCCAUAACAUCAAAUGAUGACCCUGAAGGUGAGAAUGAUGAGGAGCGUUGUAAAUGUGGGUCAUGUGCCAUGUGUAUCCUACAUCAAGCUUCUGCAGGCUUCUUGCAUCAGAAACUAGACAGUGAGAACUCGAGUGUAGCAGCACAACGCGGGGACACAGGGCCACAUGCAUACCAUGAUUCUUUGGAUUCUGCAAGUGCAUCAGCUCGUUUCUUUGGAAGUCCAACCUUUGUAAGUGAUGAUGCCUCAGUAAUGGUACAACCGGACCUUGAUGAGUCAGGCAAUUCCACUUACAAUUUUUCAGAGGAAGAUUUUAACCAGUUGAACAACAAUGAUGACUAUGUAGAAUUUUUUAAGGAUGGCUUACGGUUUCCAGAGCAAAGCAGCAACCAACUUGAAGAGAGAGAAAUAGAGGAGGAGGAGAGAACUAUGACUCCACCAGCAAAUGUCCACCGUGUCAGCCCACAGGGUUUGGGUGCUCAAGGGCUUGUUACACAAAGAGUUGGUGCACAGGGUGUUACUUCUCCACCAGAAGGAGGAGGUUCACCAACUGGAUCAGAUCAACAAGAAGAACACUUGGAUUAUUCUGUAGAAAGUGCACAAGCAUCAUUGUUAGCAUCUUAUUCACCUGCUUUAGCAAUUUCUCUAGGAGGAUACCGACCAAGAGCUUCAGUUUCAUCUACAUUUGAUACAGAUAGUGACUAUGUGCAAGUGCCUGGAACUGAUGAUCAUUUCUUAUUAAUGCCACCAGCUCCUGUCUCCAUGUCUACUGUCAAAACUAUCACACCAGUUGCCAUAGCCUCCUCCCGUGUUAAUACUGCUUCAUCUAUAGACAUUCUACCCAAAAACAAGGAUCCAGUAAGUAAUAGGGCACCUCUUACAUCACCAGAUGCUGUUAUUAGUGAGACAACAGUAGCCAGUGCAAGUGAGGCACCUGCAAAGUUCAUAACAUCAAAGCCUAGGAUCACUGUGCUGAAAGCUCACACACAGUUGGCAGCUACAGCUGUUCCAUCAUUUACAUCAGUGCCUUUGAGCAGAGGAGUAGUUCACACUUUACCGCAAGUUCAGCCCAGACCAAAAAUAGACGCAGUCCAGUCUCUGCAACGAGGCACUGCACAGCUCCCUGAAAUGCGACUCCUAGGUCUACCACCCCCCUAUGCUCGUGACCAUGGAUCAAGUAAAAUUAAAGCAACUGGUGUUCAAAAUACUGUAGAAGUACCUGUAAUUAGAAAGAAUAAUUACCUCGAUGUACGUGCUUCUUCUAUUAAUAAGAACAAAGCCCGUGCCCAUCCAGAACAGCAUCCAACAGUUACUCCAAGAAGCCUCUACCUGAGACAUCAGCAAAAAGCACUUCAACAGCAACAGUUAAAACAACAGCAACAACUACAGCAGUUACAACUACGUUUGAGCAGUGAAACUGUGUAUCAACCAGCUGCUUAUGCUCAGGUUGUUGGUGUACCACUUUUGCCGUCACCCACAUACACGGGUUAUCAACAACAUCAACAUAAUCAGUCUGGAAAUAUACAACAACCUGUGUUCCAGCAGCAGCAACAGCAGCUCCAACACCCCCAACAAAAUUACCUUUAUCAGCCAUAUAUAAAGAACUUCUUCCAGAAUCCCCCUCCACCUUCACCACACCAUGGUUAUGGUGUUGGUGCUGGCCCAGGAGGUAGUGGAUUCCAGGUCAGUGUUGAGGCACCAUCACCCACCCACCAAUGUGCCAGUGAUCCUGGUACUUAUUCUCCACAACAGCAGCAGUCACUGGCAACAGUGUAUACUAACCAAGUCAGCUUGAGUCAGAUUGAACAGUUCAAGGCACAGCUUUAUUCUGAUGUAGAUUAUGUUAUAUAUCCUAUGAAGGAUCCUGCACUAAGUCGACAGGAAUACAUGGAUGCUAAAAAGGGACAGGUGAUUGCUACCCAGGCUCAACAACAGGCCAGUAGCAGCAGUAGCAGUAGCAGCUUUGCUUACUUACCUCCACCCCCACCAUAUCGCAGUCCAAAGUUGUCACCUCUUUACAGAUCAACACCAAAUGUUGCAGCAACAUUAAGCAGCUGUAGUGGGAGUGGCAGUGGUGUAGUGACAAGUGUAGGAAAUGCCUCAGUUCUGUCAUCUUAUCCAUCUUGUCAGAGCCUUACCUCGCACCAGCCUGGUUCAUCUUCAGGCUAUUCCUCAAUGGCACGAGGACGUUAUUUCUCACAGCAGUCCCUAGCAUCCUCAUCCCUGUCUUCAGCACCGUCUGGUUAUUCUGCUUCAACACAGUCACUUACUGGCAGCUAUGAGCCAUACUCUGAAGUGAUGCAGCGGGAAUCAUCCAUGCUUCGUGUCCGCUCUGAUGAGUCCAUUCUUUCUUCAGCAUUAGCAGAAUCGUCAGAUUCUCAAAUACCAACUGGCCAUCCGUUGCCACCACCCCCACCUUACCGGCCCAAGGUGAGGACAACUCACAAGUACGAGACCCUGGACGGGACUGGGAAUGUUGUUGGGGCCACCACGGGAGGUGCUGGGAGGGUACGUAGCCGGAGGUCAGGGGGGGUCCUCAGCUUGCAGCAGUUGCGGGAGCGCAGCCAACUCAUGGAUGUGCCACUCAUCGCUGCCCUCUGCUCAGACGCAACACUCGUCUCGCGUUCAAGCCGCACCCCUUCCACCGAUUCCUCCACAACACCAGGCAGCAAUACCCCCCCACCUUUCCAAUCUGACUCCAUUAGCACGUCAAGCACUCGUCCCUGGGACUUGGACACAUCUCAGCCAUCCUCCUUAGUGACCAGUAUCUUACCUCACCCAUUGGCAGAUACACAACAAACAAAGACCAAACGUAGACAACGAGGUCUAAAAACGACACGCAGGUACUCCCUGUCUGGUGUUUACACCACAAAUCAGGUACCUAUCACACACAUAAAAUCCAAAUGUAGCAGUAAGACUUUUAGUGGUGUUCAUCAGCACCCAAGUAAGACUAGCCACCAGACUAAUUUGCCUAAGGAUGCAAAUGACCCACUUAAGACUAAAGUCUCCCCCAGGUAAGUGUCAUUUCUGGGCACUACUGCUUGUUCCUCGAGGCAAUAUACUAGUAACAAUUCUGUAUCUCUAGCAUUUGUGAAACUUCAGUUUCUCUCUUACCUCAUAUUUUAUAUUUCUUGGAUUCAAUUUGAAUAGCACAGUAGUAUAAUGAACAUUGAUAUAUGUUUGUAUUACUUUUGGAAUACAUUGCCGCAUGAAAAUUAAGAAUCAAACUUGUAUGUGCUACUCAUGCAUAUCUUACUCAAACACAGUUGAUAUAUAGCACCAAGAAAUUUUUAUACCAAGUUAAAUUAAAUGGGAGAAGAUCUCCCAGUGUAGAAGAUAAGUCGUUAAGAUUUCCACAGUCAUGAAGUGGUAAAUCUGGUAAAGAGUGCGGCAGAACUUUGAGUCGCCUGUCACCAUGAUCUCUAGGACGUUGGCUGGGCAAUGCUGUCCACAUGUCGUAAACACAAGUGAACACACACACUCAGGCAACUUUUUUCCUCCAUAUUCACAUGUAUUUAGUCAUGUGUUGUUGGCAUUCAUCAAGUUAGAGAUAAUUCGUUCAGUGGCCUUAUUAACUUUACCCCAUCACAUCCAAUCCCAGCAGUACCUGUGUCCUAGGCUAAAUGUUAAUUGCCUAUACAAAUAAAUGCAAAAAAUUUCAAAUCUACUGAUGUGAUUGUUAAAAUACUGUAGUUUCUUAUAAAGUGCAGGUAUUUAUAUAUUAUCAAUAGACAGUAAGUUUCUUAAAAUUACUAAGAUGUUAUUUAUUGUAGAUACUCCUAUAAUGCUCCAUAUUUUUUUUUACAAUUGUUUAUAGUUGAAUAUUUUUUCUUUUUGGUGUUUGACAAGUUAUACUGUAGUUUUACUAAUAUUUCCCAGAAAAUCUGUUGAAAGUAUAUUCACAUAAGGUUCUUCAAAUAUUUUUAUCCAGGUGAUGACACAGCCAGGAUUUAAUACCUGCAUGGAUUGGAUCUGGUGGUGGGAGGGUCUCAAUGGGCAAUUAAUGAUCAGAAAGUGCCCAUCCAUCCGUCCACACACACACUGUCAACUGCUGCCACCACUGCCAGUGUUCCAAAUGGUGAUACCAUAGUACAUGCCCUUACUACUUGAGGACCUAUAGAUGUACAACAUCCACCUGUUUAAUGCUUAUGGUCAUGAAGUUCAUAAUGUAGAAUUUUUUAUGCUUAGUUCACUUCGUGGGUAAGUUGCUACUGUAGAAACUGAUCAGUUUCAGCAACAAAAAAGUGAAGAUAAAAUUUUUAUUUUAAACUUAACAUGACCAUAAGUGCAUUAGAGCAUGUUAGGAACUGUUCAGCCUUGGUGUUAAUUACUUAGCACAAAUAGGUGGUUGGCAGUGGGUGUAGUAUUAAUUUCAUUUAUUGUAGGGUUAACCUUUUUUAAUUUACUAUGUGUGCUGGGUAUUAUGCUCAGUAUGUCUACAAGAACUAAUAAUACAUCACUACGCUCAGUUUUCCUAAGAGAACUAAUAUGGCAUCACCACUUGUACUCAUACUCAGGGUCGGGUAUUGGAAGCAUCUUUGUGAUUUUCAUCUUCAUCUGUAUACAUUUCUGAGAUUGUCAAAAUUAGUGUAUAAGUUGAGCUGUUCAUGUCUGUGUUGUCUAAUAUUUAUUUAUUGAAUUCCCUUCCCUAUAGUACAACUUGCAGCUGUAGCCUUGACACCCAAAAUGUGUUCAUGAUGGAUCACACAAUGGUUGACUCAAGUAAAGUAAGUUUGCAACCUACCAUUCUACUCUACUCCUAUUCAUACAUGUUCCCAUAAUGAAACUUUAAAGCUUUUAUUAGUAAAAGCAAUGCUUAUUAUAUUGCAUUAUAAAUCACUUGCAUUUUUUCAUACUACCGUAGUUAACUUUUUGUGUAAUGCAAAACCUUAUUACUUGAGUAUAUAAAAGCAGGGUACAGUACUACUUGGAAUCAAAUUGUGGUUCACAUGUAUAAUGACAUUAGUAUAAAUGCAUUACCAGUCAUUAACCUGUACUCUUGGCAUACCCAAAAUUCCUGUUAUAUCUAUGUAAAAUGUUAUGAAAAUUUCAC